GGGGCCUUUGUUUUCAUAAUAUAAAGAAAAAUCUACUCUUUGUUAUAGUUACUGAAUUUUUAAAAAUGUAUUCUUAACAUACACUAAAUUACAUGUAUAGCUAGGUUAUUGGUUUUAGGCCUACGGGCUGAAUACUCUUCUCGCGCCAUGCCAAACAAAAGACGCUAUGGGUACCGAUCUAGAAGAGAUCGAACUGAAGUGAGCUGCUGCAUCAAAUAUUUGAUGUUCGGGUUCAAUGUUAUGUUUUGGAUGAUUGGACUCUUGCUGCUGGCCAUUGGGCUGUGGGCGUGGUCAGAGAAGGACGUCUUUGAAAAUGUGACCAGACUGACCAACAUACACCUGGACCCAGCCCUGCUCUUCAUCGUUGUGGGCAUGGCCAUGUUCUCUAUGAGCUUUACUGGAUGUGUGGGGGCCCUCAGGGAGAACACUUGUCUCUUGUUAUUUUUCAUGAUUUCGUUAGCCGCCAUCUUUAUCCUGGAACUUCUUAUAGGUAUUCUUGGAUUUGUCUACAAAGACUGGGUUAGGGAUUCAAUCCAAUCCCAGGUGAGGGAAAUGAUCAUCAAGUAUAGAGAUGACCUUGACCUAAAAAAUUUGGUUGACUGGGUACAGCAGGACUGGUUAAAUUGCUGUGGUGUCCAAGGCUAUAAGGACUGGGAAUCCAAUAUUUACUUCAACUGUUCAUCUCCUGGAGUAGAGGCUUGUGGCGUGCCUUUCUCAUGCUGUAAACCUAAAUAUGAUGAAGAACUUAUCAACAGACACUGUGGCUUUGAGAUGAUGAAAUCAGAUCAUGAUUUUGACCGGGCUACAAGAAUCAACACCCUAGGCUGUAUCCCCGCAGGUGAGAAGUGGCUGGAGGUCAAUCUUAUACCUGUGGCAGGUGUAGCUGUGGGCGUGGCACUGCUACAGAUUCUUGGAAUUUGUUUUGCUCAAAAUCUGCGCAGCGACAUUCAUUCUCAAAGAGCCAAAUGGACCCUAUGACAAGUAGCAGAGGUCUAGCCAGUCUAUAUAGGAAGCUGGGGGUUGUAUGGUCAGGAGCUGAGCUAAAGGAGACAGAUCAGGCAGGGUUUUGUUCACAUCCCCGUAUGUAUCAACAGAUUGGUAUUUUGGGUUUUUUCCAUGCCUUGUACUGUGUACAAAAGAAUUUAAAAAUAAGUGGGUUUUUUUAAGCAAAGCACACAGUUUUCCACAAAGUAAAAAAAUGUGGCCAUUUAAAAAAAAAUAUGUAUUCAAAUUGUAGGCAUCUGAAAGCAGCAUUUUUUUAAAAAGUCAGCUAUCUUGUUGUACAGUUGUUGUGAACAAAGCUGAAAGUAUAGCUGGCAUGUUUUGGUCAGUUGGUGCUGAAGGUCAGUUGGUGCUGAAGGUCAGUUGGUGCUGAAGGUCAGUUGGUGCUGAAGGUCAGUUGGUGCUGAAGGUUUUGGUCAGUUGGUGCUGAAGGUUUUGGUCAGUUGGUGCUGAAGGUCAGUUGGUGCUGAAGGUCAGUUGGUGCUGAAGGUUUUGGUCAGUUGGUGCUGAAGGUCAGUUGGUGCUGAAGGUCAGUUGGUGCUGAAGGUCAGUUGGUGCUGAAGGUUUUGGUCAGUUGGUGCUGAAGGUUUUGGUCAGUUGGUGCUGAAGGUUUUGGUCAGUUGGUGCUGAAGGUCAGUUGGUGCUGGAGGUCAGUUGGUGCUGAAGGUCAGUUGGUGCUGAAGGUCAGUUGGUGCUGAAGGUCAGUUGGUGCUGAAGGUCAGUUGGUGCUGAAGGUUUUGGUCGAGGGUUCUUGUGGUGGUGGCUAGAUCUCUAUGAUAUCAAAAUGUCAAGGAUCACACAAUUCUGAUCCUAUUUACUUUAACCAUUUAUGCUUUGACAAAUCUGCAUUGAAGUUAUGUUUCAUUACUGGACAUGGUCCAGAGCUUAUAAGGCGUGCAACAAAAUUUUUGCUAAUGAUUCCAUACAUAUGUAAGGUCUGACUAAAGAUUCCAUACAUAUGUAAGCUCUGACUAAAGAUUUCAUACAUAUGUAAGGUCUGACUAAAGAUUCCAUACAUAUGUAAGGUCUGACUAAAGAUUCCAUACAUAUGUAAGGUCUGACUAAAGAUUCCAUACAUAUGUAAGGUCUGACUAAAGAUUUCAUACAUAUGUAAGGUCUGACUAAAGAUUUCAUACAUAUGUAAGCUCUGACUAAAGAUUUCAUACAUAUGUAAGCUCUGACUAAAGAUUCCAUACAUAUGUAAGCUCUGACUAAAGAUUUCAUACAUAUGUAAGCUCUGACUAAAGAUUUCAUACAUAUGUAAGGUCUGACUAAAGAUUCCAUACAUAUGUAAGCUCUGACUAAAGAUUUCAUACAUAUGUAAGCUCUGACUAAAGAUUUCAUACAUAUGUAAGGUCUGACUAAAGAUUUCAUACAUAUGUAAGCUCUUCUUUCAUCAGUUUCAAAGAUCUGUACAUUUUUUGUAAGGUAAACAUUUUUAAAAUUUGUUUCCCAUUGGUAUGUAUUAUUAGAACUAACAUGUUCAUGUUUCUAUUUUAUAUUUAUGUCAAUUAUUUUGGAGCAUUUUGAAUAUUUUUGGCAAGUAAAUUGUAAUGAUAUUACUUCAUCAUGAGAUAGAAUAUUUGAAUGUGAUAGUUUCAUUUUUAAAUAACAAACAAUUACAGACCAAAUUACCUCAUAUGGUUAGAUAUCAUUUUGUUUGUGGAAAGAUGGUGUUUUUAUCAUUGUGUUAGUCCUGUGUUAUGGGUGUUUUUAUAUCAUCAUGUUAGUGGGGGGGGGUCAAAUGUCACUGAUGGUGUGUUUGGCUUAUUAUUGCUCACCAUAUGUUGACAUCCACAUGUCACCAUAUGUUGACAUCAACGUGUUGUCAUAUGGUGAUAUGGUGAUAGACACAUUCAGUUACAAAUCUGUUUACAUGUUUAUAGGUAUGCAACAUAUUUAUAUGAUUGUAUCUGUGUGUUGUGUACAUGUUUAUAUGUAUGCAACAUAUUUAUAUAUGUGUGUAUCUGUGUGUGAGAGUGUAUCAUUUCUGAUCUAGGCAAAGCAUGAAAUUAAUCAUUUCAUUAAGUCAUAAUUUUGGUCAUUGUUCAUUCUGUCAUAAUUUUGGUCAUUGUUCAUUCUGUCAUAAUUUUGGUCAUUGUUCAUUCUGUCAUAAUUUUGGCCAUUGUUCAUUAAGUCAUAAUUUUGGUCGCUAUAUUAUAAAAUAAAGACCUAUACUAAAAUUUUAAAAGCGACCCACAUUUUUUCUACUUAGUUAUUGAAAUAGUGUUACAUUAUUUAUUUUUGUUUUCUUCUAGUGCAUCUAUAAAAACUUGUUAUUAUAAAGCGUUUCAUUAAUUUUUUAAAAUUCUAGUGCAUCUAUAAAAACUUGUUAUUAUAAAGCGUUUCAUUAAUUUUUUUAAAUUCAUGUCCAAAAU